AUGAACGGCCAGCGAAUACCUGCCAGGGAGAGGCAGUCCACCAGCUCUCACUGUGGGAAGGCUUUCAAGAAUCCUAUCAACCUGCAGAAGCACCAGCGAGUCCACAUCGGGAAAAACCCCUUCACCUGCUCGGAGGAGAGGCCAUUCACCUGCUCAGAGUGCAGAAAAGGGUUCACUCGGUUGUCUGAGCUUCUGUUGCAUGAACAAAUUCACACCGGGGAGAGGCCGUUCACCUGCUCCGAGUGUGGGAAAAGGUUCACUCGGUUGUCUCAGCUUCUGACUCACCAACGAAUUCACACCGGGGAGAGGCCAUUCACCUGCUCCAAAUGUAGGAAAGGAUUCACUCUAACAUCUGUCCUUCUACUGCACCAACGAAUUCACACCGGGGAGAGGCCAUUUACCUGCUCCGAGUGCGGGAAGAGAUUCAUUCGAUCAUCUGACCUUCUGAGACACCAACGAAGUCACACUGAAGAGUGA